AUGAGACAUCACGGCGUUCGCGGUUGUUUGGGAGAAGAUGGAAUACAUGUGGAUAUGGAACAUCUUAAGAAGGGAGAAGUAAACUCAACGAGCGCGAUCGCUAAUCACUCGGCCGUGUGCAGCCUUGGUACCUCCAUCAUGGCCAUAAACUUCAAAGAUGGCGUCAUUCUCGGCGCCGACAGUCGAACAACCACAGGCGCCUACAUCGCCAACCGCGUGACCGACAAACUCACCCAAGUUCACGACACAAUCUGGUGCUGCCGAUCCGGCUCAGCAGCUGAUACACAAGCCGUAGCCGAUAUCGUUCGGUACCAUCUAGGCAUGUACGGCGUUGUAUAUGACCAGCCUCCCACGACUCAAACAGCCGCGGCCCUGUUCCAGGAGUUAUGUUAUGAUAACAAGGACAUGUUGAGUGCCGGGAUUAUCAUCGCUGGCUACGACCACCGCCACGGCGGGCAAGUCUACUCCAUCCCACUCGGCGGCUCCCUCCACAAACAGGCUUAUGCAAUUGGCGGAUCCGGCUCGACGUAUAUCUAUGGCUACUGCGAUGCACACUGGCGAGAAGGCAUGUCGGAAGCAGAGGGCGUAGAGUUUGUUAAGGGAGCAUUGCAAGAAGCUAUCAAAUGGGACGGAAGUUCUGGUGGCGUUAUUCGAUUGGUGGUACUGACUGCAAAGGGUGCAGUGAGACAUUUAUACCUACCCGAUACUGGAUAUCAAGGGCCCGGGACGGACUAA